UUUCUGAUCUAGUUAUGCUCAUAAACUAUUAGUAAUCGCUUACCUCAUCCACAACACCUAAAUUGAAAACUUCUAACUCCUCGUCAUCCAACACCAGCACAUCUCGAGAUCUUCACGCAAAAUGACUGUAGAGACCGAGCUCGCUGCCGAAGUGGCUGCCGUCACUCUCGACAAGCCCGCAGACGACCACGCCGCCUCUGAUGCUUCCGACGACGAGCCUUCUUCAACCACAACACCCGCAGAAGGAGCAGCCGCGCCGAAGAAGAAAAAGAAGAAAUCAAAAAAGAAGAAAUCAAAGCCGACCGCGCAGACCGAACCCCCCUCGAUCGGCCUCUCAAAGUUCUUCCCCGACGCAAAGUACCCCGAAGGCGAGAUCUGCGAGUACACCGACGACGACAACCGCUUCCGCACCACGAGCGAGGAGAAGCGGUACCUCGACCGCAUGAACUACGACCCGCUCAACGACCUCCGCAAGGCGGCCGAGACGCACAGGAAAGUGCGCCAGUACGCACAGAAAUACAUCAGGCCCGGUCUGACGACGACCGAGAUCGCAGAGACGAUCGAGAACGCUGCGCGCGCGCUGGCCGAGGGCGACGGGCUCGAGGCCGGCGUCGGGUUCCCGACCGGACUCAGUCUGAACCACGUCGCGGCGCAUUACACGCCCAACGCGGGCGACACGACGGUGCUGCAGUACGACGACGUGAUGAAGGUCGAUAUCGGCGUGCACGUCAACGGGCGGAUCGUCGACUCGGCGUUCACGGUCUCGUUCGAUCCAAAGUACGACAAGCUGCUCGAGGCCGUCAAGGACGCGACCAACACGGGCGUGCGCGAGGCCGGCAUCGACGUCCGCAUGAGCGACAUCGGCGCGGCCAUCCAGGAGGUCAUGGAGUCCUACGAGGCCGAGUUCGACGGCAAGACACACCAGGUCAAGGCGAUCCGCAACCUCAACGGCCACAACAUCCGGCACUACCUCAUCCACGGCGACAAGAGCGUGCCGAUCGUGAAAAACAACGACCAGACAAAGAUGGAGGAAGGCGAGACGUUCGCGAUCGAGACCUUUGGCAGUACCGGCAAGGGCUACGUCCACAGCUCGGGCGAGUGCUCGCAUUACUCCCGGGACGCGGACGCAGGCCACGUUCCUCUCCGUCUUAACAAGGCAAAGACCCUGCUCAGCACGAUCGACAAGAACUUUGGCACCCUGCCGUUCUGCCGACGCUACCUCGACCGCUUGGGCGAGGACAAGUACUUGCUCGCGCUCAAGAACUUGGUGCAGGCGGGCGUGAUUAACGAAUAUCCUCCGCUCGUCGACGUCAAGGGCUGCAAGACCGCGCAGUUUGAACACACUAUUGUCUUGCGACCUACUUGCAAGGAGGUUGUAUCCAGAGGAGAUGAUUUCUAGUUCUUAUUUUAUUGGAGUUGUAAAUACAUGUAAAUUUUUAAGAUCCUGCAUCACUCUAUGUACUAUUUUAACCAGGAGGGAGACUG